GGUACAUAAGAGUAGUUUUGAGUGGUUGGAUGCAGUGAAGCCUCCUCGAUUGGUGUCAAUAUGAUUAUACUCUGUGUCAUACCUUUUUAAUGUGGUCCAAUAUCUAGUACUGAGGAAGAAUUUAUGCUAUGAAAACUUUGGUUGCUUUUACUUUUUCCAUUCUUUUUUUAAUGUUGGAUUAUGAUAAAAAGUGGGGACUCUUCUUUUGUUGUUUUGGAUUCACAUUUGUCUGGGCAGUCUUAAACAUAACGAACUUUCAUUCCCUGAAUUAUGAAUCGUUAAUUAAAAAUUUCGGUUUCGCAAAAAAAGGAAACUGUCAACCGAACCAGGAUUGGUUUCAAACCAAUAUUUUUUUUUAUCGAUUGAAUCAGUUCAACUAUCUUCCUAUCUUUCUUAUUUUCCUCCUGCUCAUUUGUGUAUAAAGUAGGUGUUGGAUAGCAUUUAGUUGUUGCUUAGUUUGUUGAGGGGUUGUUUUUUUAACUUUUCCUGCUUAACAUCUGUUACUGCUUAUCCUCUGUUACUGACCUCAGAUGACAGUUGCUCGGGAGACAUUCUUAGUCUGUUGGCUAAGCCUUGUAAUAUUCUGUUUGAGUUUAACAUAUUUGCAUUAUAAACAAAAAAAAAAUAAAAAAAUCAGUUCAACUGUAGGUUAGUCGAACCAUAAAAAAUUGAGAAAGUAAAAACAAAAGAUCAAUGGAAAUAAUUAUUGAUUUCCAUUAGCAAUAACAUUUUGAUUUAUUGAUCCUCAAACUGCAACGCGGACAUGUGUGAUGUUUAGGGCGUUCUUGUUUACAAAUGGAUUCAUUCAAAAAAUGAAUUUUUUCAAUUAACUAGGGUUAAUUUUGAAAAAAGUUGAAUGGUUAGUUGUUAGUGAGAUUUGAAGCUUCGUUUAACAUAUGGCUUGUGAACCUCACAUUAAUAUUGUUUUGCUUGUGAUAGAUUAAAAUGUCUCAUGAUGUUGGUCAUCAUUGUCGUCUUACUAAUUGGCAUUUUGAAACUUUGUUGGAUGUUAGGGUGGUGUCAAACAAUGCCGACUAUAUGAAAGUAUCUAUAGUAACAACAUGCCACCAGAAAAUGCUUUUAGUACCCACCCCCAAAUGUUUUAAAGCACCGCUCAAUGUAUUUGUUGAUACAUGGAUAAAGUUGAACAAAGUAGUACGUGGGAGGAAAGAAGAAAAGAAUAAGAGCAUCCAUAAGCUAAUGGCAGUUGCAUACUCAGAUGGAUCCAUAAAAAUCUAUGAGCUGCUUCAGCAUCCAUAUUGUGGAACCCUCAAAGAAGUGAAGCCCAUCAGUUGAGCUUUGUUUUAGGCUUUGGUUCAAAUACUCCACCUCUGGACUCUCUUCAGAUCGCGUUGGGGAUUUUCGUAAAAAUAAGGACAUUCGACGCAGAGUUGAGGCUGAUUGAUGAAGUGAUUAAACGAGAGAAUGCAACAAGAUAUGGCUUUGCGGCCGGAAUUUUCACGAAGAACAUCAACACAGCCAACACGAUUGAGGGGACUGUUUGGGUCAACUGCUUCGACUUUUUUGAUGCGGGAAUCCCGUUUAGCGGUUACAAGAUGAGUGGUAUCGGGCGCGAAAAGGGAAUCUACGGCCUCAAAU